UUUGGUUUGUUUUAAGUGCUGUGUUAUUGGUGUUUCUCGGAAUUUAGCUGUCAAUGUUGUUUUUUGGGGUGUGUACGACGCAAAGGAGCGUAUGUCUAGUUGAGAUAAGUGCUGUGCUGGCAGUGUGAUAACUUUUGUGAAAGUUGCUAAGACAGCUCUUUUGUGACUUAUUAUUUACACGUGUCAAGUAAAAUGUUUGCUAAGAAAUAUCGACGUCAGUACAAAUCCGCAAUGAAUACGUGGCGCACCGAGAGCGAGAUAAGGCGGUGCGGUUGUCAACGAGCGCUUGUUUACGAGAAAACAGAUUAGCUGUGCCUGAAAUGCCCGCGAAGGAAAGUAACAUAGACGACAUGAAAGCCCUGAUAUUGGUUGGAGGCUAUGGGACGCGACUAAGGCCUCUUACUUUAAGUCGCCCCAAACCAUUAGUGGAGUUCGCCAACAAACCUAUGCUAUUGCAUCAGAUAGAAGCAUUAGUCGAAGCUGGAGUGUCGGAAAUCGUCUUGGCGGUAUCGUACCGCGCUGAACAGAUGGAACAGGAACUGAGUGAAGAAGCGAAAAAAUUAGGUGUAAGCCUAGUAUUUUCCCAUGAAACUGAACCGUUGGGUACUGCUGGGCCACUUGCACUGGCCAAAGACAUUCUAACUACUAGCAAUGAACCAUUUUUUGUCCUAAACUCUGACAUUAUAUGUGAUUUUCCGUUUAAAGACCUGGUAAUGUUUCAUAAAAAUCAUGGUAAAGAAGGUACCAUAAUUGUAACAAAGGUAGAGGAACCAUCCAAGUAUGGUGUUGUAGUCUAUGGCGAACAAGGCCGAAUCGACAGUUUUAUAGAAAAACCUCAAGAAUUUGUAUCGAAUAAAAUCAAUGCUGGGAUGUAUAUAUUAAAUCCAUCAGUCCUGAGACGUAUUCAGUUACGCCCAACAAGCAUAGAGAAAGAAGUUUUUCCUGACAUGGCAAAAGAAGGCCAGUUGUAUGCAAUGGAGCUACAAGGAUUUUGGAUGGAUGUUGGUCAGCCUAAAGACUUUCUCACAGGAAUGUGCCUCUACUUGACUUCUUUGCGGCAGAAGGAGCCCACCCGACUCUACUCUGGACCAGGUGCUGUAGGUAAUGUCUUAGUGGAUCCAAGUGCGCGAAUAGGUGAGGGCUGCCGCAUAGGUCCCAAUGUAACCAUAGGACCUGGAGUUGUGUUGGAGGAUGGUGUAUGUGUAAAACGGUCAACUAUUCUUCGUGGUGCAACAGUUCGAUCUCAUUCAUGGCUGGAUGGUUGCAUCGUUGGGUGGCGCAGCGUUGUUGGUCAGUGGGUAAGAAUGGAGAAUACUACAGUUCUUGGUGAAGAUGUAAUAGUGAAGGAUGAACUUUAUGUAAAUGGUGGGCAAGUAUUGCCUCACAAGUCCAUUGCAAGCUCAGUGCCUGAGCCACAAAUUAUAAUGUGAUUACAUUGUGGUUUGUUUUCAUGUACCUAUAAAGUACUAUGAAACCUCAUUCCAUUGGAUAAUUACUAUACAGAAUAAGCCAAAAUUCCAGUUUCUUUUUAAAUGAGCUGUGGAGUGCUUAAACUCCUCAGUACAAAUAGCUUGUGACUGGUGUACCAUACUGUGUAUGUAGAGCUCAGAAAUGAGGCUCAAAGAAUUCUAUGAUGUGGGUACAAAGUAUCAUUGUAAGCAAGAUAUUUAUAUUUUAAUUUUGUGACUGAAACCCUUUAGUGACAGUUAAAAUGAUACUCUUCCAUGAGAGGCACAUUUAUACUAAUUGGCAUAAACAGAGUUAUAUAAUAAAUGAACUAUCUAUGUUAAUUAUUUUGUUUGAAUAUAAAAAAGUUGCAAAAACAUUUGUUGUUACUGUGCAUUUCAGAAAACUGUAUUCUAUUUAUUCGUUGUACAAAUUAGAUUUUAAUUUGUUCUGAGAACACAUUAUUGCAAGAUGUCUUGCUGGGCUUUUAUUCUUUCCAUAGGACACAUUUGUCCAAAAGAGCAGUGUGUCGUGAUAGGAUUCUCCUUAACAAUAAAAUAUUAAAUGAAAACUCAAAUGGUUCAAGCUAACUGGAGCUUCACACCAAAAUACAAUUAUGAAAAAGAAAAAAAAAACUACGUCUGAAGUGCACAUUCUUUUAGCAUUGUGACAAGGGAUUUUAUGACUUCAAAUUGACAGACUAUCUUACCUCAGAGGUUUUUGGAUGUUCAUUCAAGGGUUUAUUAUUUAAGCUUUAAAGAAAUGUAUUUCUGUACGUACAGAGAUGCUCUGUAUCUGUUGUUUUCCAUUUAUGCAUAUUCUGUAUAACUAAUUGUGUGAUGCAAUAUAUUUUUAGAUUAUUCUUUUACUACUAUUGCUGUAAAGCAACUGUUUGUCAUAAAACAGUUGAAACUGUUAAAUGUCUCCUGCAGAGACAAUAAAGUGAUAUUUUACAUUAAA